AUGGCAUCAUUUAACAGGACGGUUCUUCACAUUUUCAGUGCUGUUGCUUUUGCAGUAUUCGCAUAUAUCUUGAGAAAGCUUAUCAAGUACCUACAAUCCAAAAAAAGGGUGAAAGGCAAGGAUCCAGUAGCCGUGGCGACUGGAGAAAAUUCUGGAACUGUAGAAACUCGAGGCCUGCUAGCAAAAGAUAAGGUUUACACGCGUAGAAAGGAAGAAACAGCAUCUGAGGCGGAGAUCAAAUUAGAUCAAGAAAAUGAUAUGGUUGUGUCUGGAGGAACAGAUGCAGUGGUAAAGCUCGGAGAAACAGUGGAAGUCAUAGAGGAAUACAUUCCUGAAGGCGAAUCUGGACAAACUUCCGAUGACACCGGCAGAAGCAAAGAAAAUUGUGUGGUCGUUUCUGGAGGGACAGAUGCGGUGGUUAAGUCAUCAACCUGUUUUUUAGCUCGGAGAAAUUGGAAGUUAUGGAGAGAUGCAUUCUUGAUACAGUUAAUGGAAGUGGUUGAAUGCGAUAUGUUUCUUACAAAUGGAAAGUGA